AUGCCUCUCAUCCACCUCGCCACGCUCUUCGCGAGCAGCACUCUCGCAAUUGCUGUUCCCACUCCAGCGUGCUACGACGCAAACGCCACUGUCUGCGGCAAUGUAUCCUACGUCGCCUUCCCCGAAACCUCACUGCUCGACGGAGCUACAUGCUGCGGCUUCUCCAAGGAUCCGAACACAUACCAUAUUGAGAAAGAUUGCGUCUGCAUUCUUUUCACGAGGGAGCCGGACUCCCAGUGCAAGUCCUCUCCCGAGACUGCGCUUGUGGUGUUUGGCCCGGAGGAGGGGAGCAUUCACGAUGUCGCGCGGUACACCUGCAGUUACACUAGCAACUCAACGGACCAAUACUAG